AUGGCUCAAGUCGAUCAAAUUGUGAUCUACAAGACUCAAAUUUCCACUCUCUGUGCUCCCGGAAUGGGAAAGACGAAUUCAUGUCUAGAAAGUAUAGAGUGCAUUUUAGGUGGCAGUGACACAUAUAUUUUCAUAUAUCCAUACCAGGUUUCGCUACGUAUACUGGGUAGGCACUAUUGUGGUGGUUCGAUAAUUAGCGAGAGGCAUAUUCUUACUGCGGCCCACUGCAUCAACGAGUACACCCAGCCACCUUUUAAUUACGUUAGUGUUGUCACUGGUACUACUUACUUGGAUAAACCUGGUAACGUACAUCGUAUUUCCAAAAUCGACGUUCACCCCGGUUGGAAGGUUGACAAAAUCAUCGAGGAUCUACCUUACCCGCAUGAUCUUGCUGUUAUAACGUUGAAAGAGAAAAUCGUAUUCAAUGACUGUCAACAAAAAAUUGCACUGCCCAGUCAUAAUUUUGAAGAUGAUGACGAAGUCACUGUUACAGGUUGGGGAAUAACAGCUCAAGACCCCGAAGUCAAUCCUAAACAGCUACAAAUGCUAACAACAAAACUUAUGGCACGAGAUAAGUGUCAGAAGAAAAUGUCCAAUCCCGAAAAAAUAAAAAUUAGCGAUUCUCAAGUUUGCGCAUUUCGCAGCGAUAACAAAAGUCCCUGCUUCGGUGAUAGUGGUAGUCCCCUGGCUACCGAGGAAGAACUUAUCGGAGUGUUUUCGUGGAUAGACGGAGAUCAUUGCGCUCUUGGAAUUCCUGACAUUUACACGAAUGUAUAUGAACACAAAGGAUACAUACAAAAUAUAUUGAACAAUUCCAAUGUGCUGGAAAAUCAUGGGUAUAAGCCAACAGUUUCGCACACGUUACACGAAAGUUGA